CCCAGGUGAAUGGAGGAACCUGACAGCUGGGGGGGAGUGAGGCGGCGGCGGGGAAAUGGCGGCGGGAGCAGCACAAUGAGACGCGGCCUGUAGCGGGGAAGCUCUGGGCUGGGUCCAGUCCGGAAGGUUACCUAGGGUGAAACAAAAUUACAGGCUUGGAAACUCUGGAAAAGCUCAGUAGCAGCAUUGGAGAGCAGAAGCUUGCAAAUGAUGCAAUUAAUUUACAAACUGAUAUCAUGAUGUCAAAAUGCAGUUCAAAGAACACAAACACAGAGAUCUCAGAAAUUAAAACGCAGGUCAGGAAGAAUCCGUCAGGAACUCCAGCUAUUGACAAUACUACAUGGGUUAUAGAAGAAGCUCUUCAGAGGCAGUAAGCUGUGCUGGAACAAAAAUGCAAUGAAAAAAACACUGGAUGAAUGAAUGAAUGAAAAGCCCUGCUUUGCAAUACCUCAGCAUGGCAGGACUGCAGCUUAUGACCCCUGCUUCCUCACCAAUGGGUCCUUUUUUUGGACUGCCAUGGCAACAAGAAGCAAUUCAUGAUAACAUUUACACACCAAGAAAAUAUCAGGUUGAACUGCUUGAAGCAGCUUUGGAUCAUAAUACGAUAGUCUGUUUAAACACUGGCUCAGGGAAGACUUUUAUUGCAGUACUACUCGCUAAAGAGCUGUCCUAUCAGAUCAGGGGAGACUUCAACAAAAAUGGAAAGAGAACAGUUUUCUUGGUCAACUCAGCAAAUCAAGUUGCUCAGCAAGUGUCAGCUGUCAGGACCCAUUCAGAUCUGAAGGUGGGGGAGUAUUCAGUUUUAGAAAUAAUUGAAUCAUGGACAAAGGAGAAGUGGAAUCAAGAAUUUGCUAAACAUGAGGUUCUGGUUAUGACAUGUCAUGUCGUUUUGAACGUUUUAAAAAAUGAAUACUUAUCCCUGUCAAACAUUAAUCUUCUGGUGUUUGAUGAGUGCCAUCUUGCAAUCCAGGACCAUCCGUAUCAAGAAAUUAUGAAGAUCUGUGAGAACUGUCCAUCCUGUCCUCGAAUCCUGGGAUUAACAGCUUCCAUUUUAAAUGGGAAAUGUGAUCCUGCUGAGUUAGAGGAGAAGAUUCAGAAACUGGAGAAAAUCCUAAAGAGCAAUGCUGAAACUGCGACUGAUUUGGUGGUCUUAGAUAGAUAUACUUCUCAGCCAUGUGAGAUUGUGGUAGAUUGUGGACCAUAUACCGACAAAAGUGGGCUGUAUGAAAGAUUGUUAAAAGAAUUGGAUGAAGCACUUAACUUUCUAAAUGACUGCAACAUAUCUGUACAUUCAAAAGAGAGAGACUCUACUUUAAUUUCUAAACAGAUACUGUCAGACUGUCGAGCUGUGUUGGUGGUUCUGGGACCUUGGUGUGCAGAUAAGGUAGCUGGAAUGAUGGUGAGAGAGCUACAGAAGUACAUCAAACAUGAGCAAGAGGAGCUGCACAGGAAAUUUUUAUUGUUUACAGACACUUUCCUAAGAAAAAUACAUGCACUGUGUGAAGAGCACUUCUCACCUGCCUCACUUGAUCUGAAAUUUGUAACCCCGAAAGUAAUAAAACUGCUUGAAAUCUUGCGCAAAUAUAAACCAUAUGAGCGGCAGCAGUUUGAAAGUGUUGAGUGGUAUAAUAAUAGGAAUCAGGAUAAUUAUGUGUCUUGGAGUGAUUCUGAAGAUGAUGAUGAGGAUGAAGAAAUUGAGGAGAAAGAGAAGCCAGAGACAAAUUUCCCUUCUCCCUUUACUAAUAUUUUAUGUGGAAUUAUUUUUGUGGAAAGGAGAUACACAGCAGUCGUCCUAAACAGGUUGAUAAAGGAAGCUGGAAAACAGGAUCCAGAGCUGGCUUACAUCAGUAGCAAUUUUAUAACUGGACAUGGCAUUGGAAAGAAUCAGCCUCGUAACAAACAGAUGGAAGUGGAAUUCAGAAAACAAGAAGAGGUACUUAGAAAAUUUCGAGCACAUGAGACCAACUUACUUAUUGCUACUAGUAUUGUUGAAGAGGGUGUUGACAUACCAAAAUGCAAUUUGGUGGUUCGUUUUGAUUUGCCCACAGAAUAUCGUUCCUAUGUGCAAUCCAAAGGAAGAGCCAGGGCACCAAUCUCAAAUUACAUCAUGUUAGCAGACACAGACAAAAUCAAAAGUUUUGAAGAAGAUCUUAAAACCUACAAAGCAAUUGAAAAGAUCCUCAGAAACAAAUGCUCGAAGUCCGUUGAUACUAGUGAAACUGAAACUGAACCCAUCGUGGAUGAUGAUGAUAUCUUUCCACCCUACGUGUUGAGGCCAGAUGAUAGCAGUCCAAGAGUUACAAUUAACACUGCGAUUGGACACAUCAAUAGGUACUGCGCAAGAUUACCAAGCGAUCCAUUUACUCAUCUGGCUCCUAAGUGUAAAACCCGAGAACUAUCUGAUAAUACAUUUUAUUCAACUCUCUACCUGCCAAUCAACUCACCUCUUCGAGCCUCUGUUGUUGGUCCGCCAAUGAGUUGUGCAAGACUGGCUGAGAGAGUGGUAGCUCUUAUUUGCUGUGAAAAACUUCAUAAAAUUGGUGAACUGGAUGAUCACUUGAUGCCGGUUGGAAAAGAAACGGUUAAGUAUGAGGAGGAGCUUGAUUUACAUGAUGAAGAAGAAACCAGUGUUCCAGGAAGACCAGGAUCUACAAAACGAAGGCAAUGCUACCCUAAAGCUAUUCCAGAAUGUUUGAGAGAUAGUUACCCCAAACCUGAUCAUCCCUGUUAUCUGUAUGUAAUAGGAAUGGUGUUAACUACCCCUUUGCCUGAUGAGCUCAACUUUAGGAGGCGAAAGCUGUAUCCUCCUGAGGAUACAACACGAUGCUUUGGAAUACUGACAGCCAAACCUAUACCUCAGAUUCCUCAUUUUCCUGUGUACACACGUUCUGGAGAGGUUACUAUAUCUAUUGAGCUAAAGAAGUCUGGUUUUAUGUUGUCUUUACAAAUGCUUGAGCUGAUCACAAGACUUCACCAGUACAUUUUCUCACAUAUUCUUCGGCUUGAGAAACCUGCACUAGAAUUCAGACCUACAGAAGCUGAUUCAGCCUAUUGUGUUCUACCUCUUAAUGUUGUUGAUGACUCCAGCACUUUGGACAUUGAUUUUAAGUUUAUGGAAGAUAUUGAAAAAUCUGAAGCACGUACUGGCAUUCCCAGUACAAAGUACACAAAGGAAACUCCAUUUAUUUUCAAAUUAGAAGAUUACCAGGAUGCAGUUAUCAUUCCAAGGUAUCGAAAUUUUGAUCAGCCUCAUCGAUUCUAUGUAGCUGAUGUAUACACUGAUCUUACUCCACUCAGUAAAUUUCCUUCCCCUGAAUAUGAAACUUUUGCUGAAUAUUAUAAAACUAAGUAUAAUCUUGACCUGACCAAUCUCAACCAGCCACUGCUGGAUGUGGACCACACAUCUUCAAGACUUAAUCUUUUGACUCCUCGCCAUUUGAACCAGAAGGGGAAAGCUCUUCCACUAAGCAGUGCUGAGAAGAGGAAAGCUAAGUGGGAAAGUCUGCAAAAUAAGCAGAUAUUGGUUCCGGAACUCUGUGCUAUACAUCCUAUUCCAGCAUCGCUGUGGAGAAAAGCAGUUUGUCUCCCCAGCAUACUUUAUCGUCUGCACUGCCUGUUGACAGCAGAGGAACUGAGAGCCCAAACAGCCACUGAUGCUGGUGUAGGGGUUAAAUCACUUCCUGCAGACUUCAGAUAUCCUAACCUGGACUUUGGGUGGAAAAAGUCUAUUGACAGCAAAUCCUUCAUCUCUAUUCCUAGCUCUUCUUUAGCAGAGAAUGAAAAUUACUGUAAGCACAGCACAAUUGUAGUCCCUGAAAAUGCUGCACAUCAAGGUGCUACUAGAGCCUCCUCUGCAGAAAAUCAUGACCAAAUGUCUGUGAACUACAUAACAUUGCUCAGUGAGUCACCCAGUAAACUCCAAAUUGAUGUAUCGGUAGAACUUGCAGCAAUUAAUGGUGUUUCUUAUAAUAAAAAUCUUGCCAAUGGCAAUUGUGAUUUAGUUAACAGAGACUUUUGCCAAGGAAAUCAACUGAAUUACUGCAGGCAGGAAAUACCUGUACAACCAACUACCUCAUAUCCCAUUCAGAAUUUAUACAACAGUGAGAACCAGCCCAAGCCCAGCAAUGAAUGUACUCUACUGAGUAAUAAAUACCAUGACGGAAAUGUUAACAAAUCUACCUCAGAUGGAAGCCCCAAAAUGGCAGUGACCACCAAUAUUUCAGAAGCUCUUAAUUUUUCAAAAGACAGAAUGGAUUCUGAAAAGAACUGUUCCAGUGGAUACUCCUCAAAAACUCUUGGCCCAAACCCUGGUCUCAUUCUUCAGGCUUUGACUCUUUCAAAUGCUAGUGAUGGAUUUAAUCUAGAGCGGCUCGAAAUGCUUGGUGAUUCAUUUUUAAAGCAUGCCAUCACUACAUAUUUGUUUUGCACUUACCCAGAUGCUCAUGAGGGACGCCUGUCAUAUAUGAGAAGUAAAAAAGUCAGCAAUUGUAACUUGUAUCGUCUUGGGAAGAAGAAAGGGCUGCCUAGUCGUAUGGUGGUAUCUAUUUUUGAUCCACCCGUCAACUGGCUCCCCCCUGGUUACAUAGUAAACCAAGACAAGAGUAACGCAGACAAAUGGGAGAAAGAUGAAAUGACAAAAGAAAGCUUGUUAGCUAAUGGUAAACUUGAUGACGAUUAUGACGAUGAAGAGGACGAAGACCUAAUGUGGAGGUUACCCAAGGAAGAAGCUGACCUUGAAGAUGAUUUUUUGGAAUAUGAUCAGGAACAUAUCAAAUUCAUUGAUAAUAUGUUAAUGGGAUCUGGGGCUUUUGUGAAGAAAAUUUCUCUCUCACCCUUUUCAACCACUGAUUCUAGCUAUGAAUGGAAAGCACCCAAAAAAUCAUCCCUGGGUAAUAUUCAAUUUUCUUCAGAUUUUGAUGAUUUUGACUACAGUUCUUGGGAUGCUAUGUGUUAUCUGGAUCCUAGCAAGGCUGUCGAAGAAGAUGAUUUUGUAGUAGGCUUCUGGAAUCCGUCAGAAGAAAACUGUGGUGUUGACACAGGAAAACAGUCCAUCUCGUAUGACUUGCAUACAGAGCAGUGUAUUGCUGACAAAAGCAUUGCAGAUUGUGUGGAAGCCUUGCUGGGCUGCUAUCUGACUAGCUGUGGUGAAAGAGCUGCUCAGCUUUUCCUGUGUUCAUUAGGGUUGAAGGUGCUCCCAGUAAUGAAAAAAACGGAGUGGAACAGCACUUUGUGUUCUAGCAGGGAGAAUUUUAACAGUCAACAGAAAAAUCUUUCACCAAACUGUGCUUCUGGCUCUGUAGCCAAUUCAGAGUGUUCUCUGUGUAAAGAAAUGGAGUAUGGCUGUUUGAAGAUUCCACCAAGGUGUAUGUUUGAUCACCCAGAUGCUGAAAAAACCCUGAAUCAUCUGAUAUCUGGUUUUGAAAAUUUUGAGAAGAAAAUUAACUACAGUUUUAAGAAUAAGGCUUAUCUUCUUCAGGCAUUUACUCAUGCCUCCUACCAUUACAAUACCAUUACUGAUUGUUACCAGCGCUUGGAAUUCCUGGGAGAUGCGAUUUUGGACUACCUCAUAACCAAGCACCUUUAUGAAGACCCACGGCAACACUCUCCAGGGGUUCUAACUGACCUACGAUCCGCUCUAGUCAAUAAUACCAUCUUUGCAUCAUUAGCUGUAAAGUACGACUACCACAAGUACUUCAAAGCUGUCUCUCCUGAGCUGUUUCAUGUUAUUGAUGACUUUGUACAGUUUCAGAUGGAAAAGAAUGAAAUGCAAGGAAUGGAUUCUGAGCUCAGAAGAUCUGAAGAGGAUGAAGAGAAGGAAGAAGAUAUUGAAGUACCAAAGGCCAUGGGAGAUAUAUUUGAGUCACUAGCUGGUGCCAUUUAUAUGGAUAGUGGGAUGUCUUUGGAAAUGGUUUGGCAUGUGUACUAUCCUAUGAUGAGGCCAUUAAUAGAAAAGUUUUCUGCAAAUGUGCCUCGUUCCCCAGUGCGGGAGCUGCUGGAGAUGGAACCAGAGACAGCCAAAUUUAGUCCUGCAGAAAGAACUUACGAUGGAAAGGUCAGAGUAACAGUGGAAGUUGUAGGGAAAGGAAAGUUUAAAGGUGUUGGCAGAAGCUAUAGGAUUGCCAAAUCUGCAGCUGCAAGAAGAGCACUAAGAAGCCUCAAAGCAAACCAACCUCAGGUCCCAAACAGCUGAGACGCCUCUUUAAAAAAAAAAAAAAAAAAAUCCCACAAAAUAAUUUUUUUUAAAGUUGAUGUUGAGAGGAACAAAUUGAAGACAGAAUUUAAUGUUUGUUUGAUAACAGAAUAGCUAACAAAACAUUUAACGUGUAUAAAAUUUUGGAACUAAUUGUAGUUAUAGGUUUUUGCGCAAACACAAUCUUGUCUUCUUUCCUCACUUCUGCUUUGUUUAAUCACAAGAGUGCUUUAAUGAUGACAUUUAGUUAGUGUUCAAAAGAAUUGUUGUCAGGUUUUUUUGGUUUAUUUUUAUUGUCAGUACAGCUUUGCUUAGUGUUAGAAGGCCAGGGAUCUUAUGCCUAAUGCAGAUGCUUGAUUUAUACAUAGUAAUCUUGAAAUUCCUCAAUCUGUGCACUAGUGCCAGUCAUAAAGCAGUUUAUAAACUGUACAGGAUGAUUUGGUAUAAGAGAGAAUAAGUUUGCCAGUAUUGUUGUCCCUUCACACACACACACACACACACACACACACACACACACACCAAUGUCAUCUUUGCAUCAAGAUGACAUUCUCAGUCAUUAUUGCACUUAUUUGUUAGGGACAGGUUUUUAGUUGAAAUGGCUGGCAUACUGGCAGAAAUAAAUUUCAACUUCCUGAUGCCACAUAGUCUUGCAUAAAAAGGUUCUUGCCUUAAAAGUAAAUAAACCCUCAUUAACAAUCUUUAAUUUCUGAUCUUUUUGGAGCAAACUUGUUUUACAUUCCCUUCAUUUUUAUUAUGCAUUUUAUGAUGAUGCAGCUCUAUAUUUACAGUACAACACAUUAGUAUAGCUGUGACUUAACUUAUUACAGGAUUAUAAUAGAAAUUGUAUUCAUAUAUAUGUAAUGAGGUUAUUUUUAACAAUUCAGAGGAGGUGGUAAGUCUACAGAAUUUUUUUUUUAUACUACAAACAAAAAAUGGUCUUUGGCUAAAAUUCCAGUUUUACACAAAUCUGCAAACUAGAUAGUUCCAAGACUUGGAAACAAAUAGUAAUGAAUAACUGCACAGUGCAGACUGUUGCUCUAACAAAAUAACCUUAGACAUAUCACACCUAAAAUAUGCUGCAGAUUUUAUAAUCAAUUGGUUACUUAUUUAAACAAAUGGAGCACCUUUACACUUGGAAAUAUUUCCACAUAAAUUUCUUACUGUGCUUUUCACAGAGUUGCAUGCAUAUUUCACUUACCAAAGCUGUGCUGUUAAAUGCCAUGAAAGCUGAUGUUUGAGAUAAACUGCCGUACUUUUGAUAAAUCUGUGAUUUAGGUCCUUAAUUUAGAGAAACUAGCUCAUUGUUGUUUCAGUCUAUUUGAAAAAAAUCAUACAUUUUUAGGCUUUGCCUAAAUCAUACACGUUUCUUUAAUUAGAUUUUUGUAGGCACUCUUCACUUAAAUACCUCAGUUCUGUUCUGUUCUUUUCUUUUUUGCAUGCAUUGUUUUUUGUUUUGUUUUUGUUUUGGUGCUAUGUUUAUAUAUUAUGCUUGAAAUUUUAAUUUUUUGCACUGUAACUAUAAUACCUCUUAAUUUACCUUUUUAAAAAAGCUGUGGGUCAGUCUUGCACUCCCACCAAUAUCAGCAGAGAUUUGCUGCAAUUUUGCCCUGUUAAUUAUGCUUGAAGUUUGAGAAAGCUGAGCAAGGUGUUUUAAUGUUUUCCAGCACAUUGGUCUGAACUUGGUGCUGUUUUAUGUGUUUAAAUUACAAAUAAAUACUGUAUUUCCUGCUUUGAAAACCCCACUCCCUUCCAUACACUAUCACUAAAUAAACAACAACAAAAAACCAAACCCUGUCAGCUCUAGCUUUCUAGAAAAAGAAAACAAAAAGCCUUUGUGCAAGGGAUGGACAUUAAUCUUCUCUGAAAUACAGAAUUUUGUCAUUAGAUUUUCUAUCUCAAUUUUUUUUAAUCUUAAAAUUAUAAUAAUUCUUACAGAAACCUGAAAACAAAUUCCUGGUAUCAAUAGUAUAAUAAUACAAGUGCUAUGUUUUUAAAACAAAAUAACAUUACUGUUUUUUUGUUCUUUAAUCAUGAGAGCAAAAAAGUAUCAUGGGAAGUUUAAAACCUGCAAGUCUUGAAAUAUAUUUAAAUUAAACUUGUUUUAUACAAAAGAAAAAAAAAAUUAACUUUGUAUGAGUAAAUUGGUAUGAACCACCACACAAUUAAACAUUUAUUGAUAACCAUUUCGUUCAGUCAGGAUUUUACAGCACACCAACGGAAAGUGGAUUAUCACUAACAUGAAAAUUCCAUGGCACCUGGCCCAAGGGUCAGUUUUUAAAAUAAGUCAUACCAUCCCUAAGGCUUAAAAAGAAUAAAAGUUAAUUAUAUUACAAUGAAUAAUAUAAAAUAAAAAUGGUGGGGUCCUCUGCAAACACUUUAAGAAAUAGGUUUCUUUCUUGGAUGCCUGAAGGUCAUGGAUUCUCACUGUUUUGAGGUAAAUCUGUUAGCAGUAAAAAAAUGAUAUGGAAAAUCAAACUUUUGCUACCAAGUGUUUGAUGUAAAGAACACAAACAAACUGAAUUUGGUGUUAUGCUCUGUAUUUCAGCAGUGGCCAAUGAUCCCCUUGUUCCGUGUUUCCUAUGAAUUGGUAAUAAGAAAUGUGUAGUGGCUGACUAUAGUUUCUGCUGCUGAUGUUUUUUAAAUGCCGUAACUCUUUUCCAGUGUGACCUCAUUGAAAUGUUUCAUAUCCUUUGGGAUAGAAAAAUCAUCCUAGUUUCCAUGCUGUACAACUAUGUGUUUCACUCUUCAGUUGAUAUGAUUGUGAUAUUGGAUAGUGUAUGCUAUUAAAGACCUAAAUCUGAUCAUUUGAAGGUUGGGAUAGAAAUCACUUGGCAAUGCUGUAAGCACAAGUGUAAGUGGACUGUUGCAACCCAUCUUCAAAAGCAACCACACAGACUCCUCAUAAAUAGUAUGGGGGUUAGUUGGCAUGAAUCUUGUUUUUGAUCUUCUUAGUUCUAUUAUACUGUACUUUAAACAGUCCUCCUAACUAUGCUGCAUUUUUAUUUUUAUGGCUUUUUUUUUUUUGCGCUGUUCUAUUCAUGUAGCACAAAUAAGCAUUGCACUUGGUACCAUGCUUUACCUCAUUUCAAGGAAAAAAAAAUAUGCUUAACAGAGGAAAAAUGUGGUUUGGCCUUGCUGCUGUUUUGAUUUAUUGAAUUCGAAAAAGAUAAUUAUAAUGCCUGCAAUGUGUCAUUUACUUGCACAACUUAUAUAGGUCAUUUGUAAUGUCUGUGGCAUUUUUACUGGGUAUGAAAAUACAACAAAGACGUUAUGAAAAUCUUGAUUGUAUUUUAAAGCUAUUGUUUUUUAUUACAUCAUUUUUACUGUUAUGUGAAGUAAUUAAAAUUAGAAUGACCUCUGACACUCCUGUAGUUAUCUCUGAACAAACCAACAUGUUGUGCGCAUAGUGUAGUUUUUACGAGAAGACAGCUCAUAGCAAUUUGGUCAACUUUAACUAAAUCUCCCCUUUUUCUGGAUAUUGAGGGAUCUGUAGUGACUUCUGAAGUGUUUAUUCAGCUUGAUGCUGCUAACAUUUAUAUCAAAAGGCCUACUAUUUUUCAGUCUCAUUACAUGAAGCUAUGCUGUGACCACAGAGUACAGAAUUUAACAAGAAUUCAAGCCAAUCUGAGUACCAGUUCAGGGUACGUCUUCACUUACCGGAGGGUCCGGCGGCAGGCAAUCGAUGUUCUGGGAUCGAUCCCGGAAGUGCUCGCCGUCGACGCCGGUACUCCAGCUUGCCGAGAGGAGUACGCGGCAUCGAUGGGGGAGCCUUCCUGCCGCGUCUGGACCCGCAGUAAGUUCGGAAUAAGGUACUUCGAAUUCAGCUAUGUUAUUAACGUAGCUGAAUUUGCGUACCUUAGUCUGAAGUGGUGGGGGCUUAGUGGGGACCAGGCCUCAGAGUAUAAUGCAAAGCCUAAUAGAUACAGGGACAGAUCCUUAGUUGGUGUAAAUUGGCGUGGCACCAUUAAGGUUUAGAGUCAUUUCAGUUUACAUCCGCUGAGGAUAUGCCAUUAAUUGUUUGUCUGAGUUUGGGUUUCUGUCCCGGUGUUUAAAAAUAGUCAUCAUCUGGGAAAUGUGUUUGCUUAUGUGUAUGACAUACGUACUAUAGACACACCUAUCUAUAUAGAAAAUACAAGAGGCUUUGGAUCACAAUCUUAGCAGCACUUAUGAAGCUGAAGACAACACAUUCCUAUGUAAUUUGCAGUGAUGUUACAUUUGUCUAUAUUUGGCCACAUCCCAUUCACUUUUUUUUUUUCCACAUGAACAGUCUCAUUGAAAAUCAGUGGAUCUGUUGUGAGUCCAGUGAGAAGGAUUUUUACCUGUGGUACUUGAUUAUUGACACAUUUUGUAUUUUUCAACCACUUAAAUCCAUUUAACUUCUUGAAAAUUAAUCUUUAUUUUACACAUUAAGUUAAAAAACAUAGAACUACAAUUUACGACCCUGAAAUGUAAUCUAAAUAUCAGCUGUAGCUCCAUUAGAAUUAUGUUGGCAAAUAUGAGUAGAGGUCAUUGUUGUAUACUCCACUAGCAGUUAAAAUUAAGUUAUUUCAAAAGUAACUAAAAAUAUAUACACUUUACCCAAUAAAUCCUUUAGAUCUCUUCCCCCUUUUAAUUUGGAUAGCAACCACAGACUAUUUAAAUUGCUUUGUAGAAGCACUCAAAAUGCACUGCAGCAACAAGUUAUGUAGAAAAACAACAGCAAAUGUUUGUGAACAAGAACUGAGAAUUGCAGGUGUUUUUAUUGUGUAUAUAGUUUGAUAUAAAAGAUGGUUAAAAUCAAGUAGAAUGAAUAACAAAUAAAAUUUGAUGAACAAUAAAAUAUUUACCAUCACAUGCUGCAGCUAUCUUUAAGGGACAUAAAAUGUAAUUCAUUCAUACUGUAAUCAUGCUGCAGAAAUGUGCAGCCUGCACCUUAUGGAUCACAAUUACCUUUAAUAGUUUUUUGUAACAAUUGUAGCUGAGUAUAUCUCCAAUAAAGUUAUGGUCUGUUCA